CGUGAACGCAACACCCGUGAGUUUGGGCCAAUCGGAAGCGAGAAAGCAUUUUAAGUUUGAAGUUACUCCAGAGCAGUAACAGCAGCAGCUCCACUCACCGCCGCUUCUGCACCCUGCUCGGGCAGGACGGAGCCGUGUCUCCCCUCAGUUUCGGUGGAGGAUGCGUAGAGAAAACCUGACUGUUUUCUAAGGAAGACGAGAGUCGAUUCAUGUUCAUUUUUUCUUUCAUUGUCGUCGAGGACUCUCUGUGGCCGGCGAAACGUUCACUGCCGACGUGCUCAGGUUAACGUUAGCGUCGACAGGAACUUUCCAAAACACAGCUAGUGUGCGGUUAAAAGUUUACUGUGGUUCCGUCGCAUUUUGUUUGCACAGCUGUCUCUCAGGGGGACUCACAAGAAUAUCUCAGCGGGUUCUUCAUGAGCAGACCUCCAUAAACUAUUACAGCUCUGGGAUGAUUCUGAUGGAGUGAGACAUUGCUGUCGAGGGAGAUCUACAAGAAGAUUGGACACUGUACCAGUUGAAGAAGCAAAUCGGAAUCACUUAAACUGCAUUGAAUUGCAUAAUGGAUGGAAUAGACACCUUGCAGAGCUCGGCCCCAGAGACCAAGGCCGAGCGAAUUGCCCGCUAUAAAGCAGAGAGGAGGAGGGAGCUUGCGGAGCGCUAUGGCAACACAGAAGAAUUCACCUCCAAAUAUGUCCGUAGGGACAGGAAAAUUGGCGACUCAUCUGAAACAGCACCUUCAGCAACCAAGGAGAAAGAAAAAUAUGAGGAUAACAGAUCAGAGCCGACAUAUAGCAGGAGGGGCCUCAGGAAUAAAGUAGUAGAACCUGUGGAGUGCACAGAUGAUGAGCCCACCCGGGAAAAAGAGGCAACCACUCACCUCAAAACUGACACAGAUUUAUCCUCUAAAUCAGAAGCUGUCUCCUCCAUAAAGACGUCUUCUCAUUUCAGGCUGCUGGAAACUGAUGACACCGAGGAGCCAAAGGUUGAUGAGACGCCUGUAGACUCAUCCAAGAGAUCCGUCGCUUCCAAAAUGUCUCUUUUUAAGCCCAUUCCAGUGCAGCUGGUGUGUGCUUCAACCCCCUCUGGAAGUUUGCUCCAUUAAUAACAAAUUGAGCUGUUCCAUGCAGAACUGAGCUGUCCUGCACCUGGAUGCAUGCUUGGCCAAAGUCAUGACUUCAGCACACACACACACACACACACUCUAUGUAGGUCUUAAAGCAAUGGUGGGAAGAAAAGUCCAAAGAGCUAGAAGAUGCACUCAGAGACAAAAACUUGAUAGUGUCCCCAGUCCUAUGGGAGAUCUACAUGUAUGUGCUUGAAAAGGACCUGAGUGUGGGGCUUUCCCAGGCUGCUUAGGUUUCAGAAGCGGUGAGGUUUCAUGAUAUUGGAUGUAAAUAGCUGCUCUAACUUGGCCUUCACAGACCAAAAGCAGUGCCAAGGUUGGCCAAGUGAACCCAGAUGGCAGCGAGUCGCUCCAACCAAAAAAACCUGCUGGGAAAACAGACUCCCACAAAGAGGCUAUCUUACAAUCACACUCUCUUUUUUUCCUUCUCUCUUCCCGUGUCCUUUGUGCUGUCCUACGUCUUUGUUAUUUUCAGGUCUCUCACUUGAAAGUCAUCAGCAGUGACAGAUACUCCUUCACUGUAUUCACUUUUCCCUUAUCACUCAUUUCUCCUCCUCUGCCCCCAUUGAAAGCCGGUGAGUCAGUGUCUCCAGCAGAAGAGCCCAAGUAGGAGUGAGGUUAUAGUAUGUCUGCUUUCCAGCAUGGACAGAGGCAGUAAAAUGUGUAGAUGGAGAUGGAGAAAGAUACAGCUCAUUUAAAUAUAUUUAUAUUCCUGACUGAAUUUCCUGAGUAUAUAAAAAUGUUUUGCGGAAGGAAAUAUAUUCAUGCUGGGUGGAAAAUAAGUUCUUUCUUUAUAAUUGGUGAGCAUCAGUUAGUUUGUAAGAGGCCUCUAAUUCUGUAAGCCUCGGUAUGUAAUUUUGUGAGAAAACAGCUUUUGAUUUCCGCUGCUUUUCUCACAGCUGGAGAUCCACUUAUCUUCACCAGGUCACCCCAGGGCGUCGGCAAAGUGUUUACUGACACAGCUCUCACACAGCUGCAUGGUUCACACUGUAUGCAGGUUUUAAAAAGACUCUGACUACUAGUAGACGUAUAAAAGAGAUGAUGUGAGACAUUUAAAUUCCAUAUUUCUAUUCACCAGUCUCCAAGUUUUGAAAAGACUUUAAAGUAAUUAAUUCAGCUUCCACAACAAAAAAGACACAAGAAUGCAUUCAAAAGUGUUAAAUCUUAUUCACAAACGUUUCAAAUCUAAGUUAGAGAUGUUUUAUUUUAUCUUUCAUAGUAGCAUCUGUAGCAAGCACUGUCAGUGCUGUUGGCUACAGUAGCUAGGAAGCUCAUUGUCUUAUAAUGAACCAGUGUUGAUUUUAUCAAAAAUAUAAAUGAAAAGUAAAUGAAUCAUUUUUAACUGGUUAAGCUGGGCCUAGGUUUCAUUUAUUGAGUUAAUUAUAUCAUUAGGAAUUAUUGUUAUACGCUACGGAAGUUUAAAAAAAGUUAUAUAUUUAUAAGCCAUAUCAUCCCUACUGGUUUUUCAUCAUUACUUUCAUCAUACUUUCAAAAAGCACUAAACUGCAUUCUAUGUGGUGUAAAAAAGUUAUAAAAAGUCUUAAAUUUAACUUGGGAACAACAGAGUACGAUUGUUUUCGUUGUAAAUUGCUCAUAAAGGGAUAUCAGAGGGUAAUAACCCUACAUUAUCAACUGUAUCUUACCCUCUGAUCUGAAAAAUGGACAGUGACUCAGACAGUGAAGCAAUGUUUAACCUCAGAGAUGGAAAAAAAAAAAUAAUAAAAACAAAUCCAGAAUGGUUCCCUCGAGGAGACUUUGUUUUAAUGUGGAAAAUGCAGUACUGGGAGUACUCGUCUGUCUCCAUUUUAGUUUUUACUCUAUGUACUUAAGGUGGGUAGAUUUCUCAUACCAGUAAAACCCUGCUUCACAAUCACUCACACACCACAGCACUGACCUCCGAGCAAAUCAGCUGGAAGCGUUUUGUAGGCGUGCCUGCUUUGCUCAAGUGGAGGGGUGGAGCCUUAUUCAUUCAUUUACUUCCUUUAUCAAGUUUUGUUUUUUACAGCUGGUGUAGGAUUUCAACAGUAUUCAGCUCCAAACCACCGUCACCCUUCUCUCU